AUGGAGAGCGCGUCGCUGUUGUGCUCCAACCAGAAGGAGCAGUCACGCGGGACGCCGCUGUUCUGCGACGCCUACGACUCCCACGCCAAAGCCUUCUGCAAGCGUCUGCGGGCGGUGUGUGAGCACGUCAAGGAGCCGAAGUACCCGCCAGACGCGAUCUGUGGCUUCCCGUUGGUCGAGGCAGUCUUCACACCCACUGAACGCUUCUGCUGCACGCCUCGGCAAAAGUGCACUCGUCAUGUGGGCUGGGAGAGGAAGAAGCGAGCCAACAUCGAUGUUGAGCGGUACCGACAGGUGAGGAGAACUCUUGUCACCAUCCUCUCCGGAGCCAACCGGUUGCUAAGCCAGCUAGUAAUAUCCACCAGUGGUAACGACGAGAUUUUAAGUCAUCGAAGGGAAAGGUUUGAACAGCGAAAUUAUCAGAAGGAAAUCUGA